AUGGCUCCAUCAAGUCUUGAUCUUGGUAUUGAAUGGCAUGCUAUGGAUAGAGCCCAACGUUUGGCUCAAAUAUACGAGUUGUAUGAAAAGGCUCAAAAAGAAAAAUUAAAUACAUUGGAAUCAAAAUUGGCAAAUUCAUCGGAACCAUUAGAAUAUAGAGUUAGUGAGGAUAAACCAAUUGAAUUGGAUAGAGUCAUUUCUUUCGUUCCCGAUUCUUACAGAUCAAAUGAAAAUAGAGAGGAUGUUAUUUUGGAAUUUGUUGAAAAUUUUAAUUUACAAUAUUCUCAAUUAUUUAAGGAUAGAAAGCCUUUAAUUUUAUAUCCUGAAAAUGAAGUUGGCAUUCAUAAAUUUAUUUGUACAUACAUUAAACCAACUCUAUUGCCAUAUCCUGAUUUAUAUGAUGCUAAAGGAAUAGCUCAGUUUAUUCACCAUCAUACAACUUUUGAAUCAUUGGAUAGACCAUUUGAAAUUCCUGAAGUUGUUUGUAGUCCAACUACAACUCUAUAUUGGCAAAAAGGAAAUAGUUUUGAUUUAUCAACUUUAUUAGUUUCUUUAUUAAUUGGAGCAGGAUUUAAUGCUUAUUGUGUAUCUGGAUAUGCUAAAAAGAGUAUAGUUCUAAACGAUCAAACUCAAAGUAAUUCACCAAUUGAAAUUGAACCUGAAGAAGAGGAAAUUACAGAAGAACAAAGAGUUUUCAAGCCAAGUAAAUACAAAUUAAAGACAAGACCAAAUUUAACAAGUCAUUUUAGAAGGGAAGAUUAUCCACUCAAGGAAGAUAUUGAUAUAAUUGAAAGUAAAGUUAGUGAAGUAUUAGGUGAAGAUAUUGAAUCAGAGCAAGAAAAGAUUCAACAAAAUAUUGGGAAAAUUCUCAAUUAUGUUCAUUGUUGGGUUGCAGUUCUACCUGGUAGAAGAGAUGUUAAAGCACCAUUCUUUAUUGAACCAAGUUCAGGACAAGUAUUUGAAUUGAAUGAAAUUGAUGAAGCUGGUUAUUAUGGAAUUGAAAGUUUGUGGAAUCAUGAAAACUAUUGGUGUAAUAUUUCAUUUGAAAAGAAGAUUUCUGAAAUUGUUUUUGAUUUGAAGAAUUUACGUCAUUGGGAAUAUGUUUUCAUUCAACAUUCAAAAGAGAGUGAAAUUGAAGAUGAAGAUGAAAAUGCUCAAGAAGAGAAGAGAAUUGAAUUUUUAACUGUAGAUGAAGGUGAAUAUGAUGAUGAUGUAUUGGAUGUUCCUUCUUCAUGGGUUGGAAGAAUUUCAAUUGCUAAAAGAAAAUAUGAAGAUAGAUAUCCGCUCAAUUACAAACUUGUUGAAUAUGCGAAUACUACUAUUGAAUAUUUCUCUCCUUAUUUUAGAAGUGAUUUAGUUACAAAGAUUAUUACUUGUUUUCAUGAUGAAAUGAAGGAAAAGACAAAAGAAAUUCAUUAUUAUUAUAGUAAUAGAAAAGAUUUAUUAAGAAGAAGAUCAGUCUAUUACAUUUAUUCAUCAGCAGAUUCUGAUGUACCAAUUAGAGAGAGAAUUCAUGAAUGGUUUGAUCCUGGAAGAAAGACAACUUCUAAUUUUGAAGCCUUGAAAGAAUUUGUAUUUGAGAAGGGAGUUAGAAGAGAAUAUAAAUUUUAUAGUGAAGCAAGAUUGGAUGGAUUAGAAAAGAGAACUGAAUUAUUUGAAUCUAAAAAUUUAAUUCAACCUAAAAAAGUAAUUGAAUAUUUCCAUAAUAGAAUUGAUUUCGGAGAUUAUUUAUGUUAUAGAUCUGUUACUUAUGAUAUUGAUAAAUCAAGUGCAGGAUUAUUAAGUCAAGAUCAUCCAGAAGAUGAUAAAUAUGGACCAAUUAUUGGAGAUUUAGGAUCAACACAAAAUAAUAAUUCAAAUGGAUUGAGUGGAUCAAUGAUUGAUUUUUCAAAUACAACUGAUAAAAGUUUUACAGAUGGAGCCUUAACAAGAAGAAAACAAUUGAAUGAUAAUAUCAUUAUUAAAAUGACAGAAAAAUUCCUUAGAGAUGAAAGUAGAAAUGCUAAUGAAGAUGUUGCCAAGAGAACAUUCUAUAUUGUUGAUAAAAAGAUUAGAUUAGAAUAUCAUUAUGGUGAAGGUAAAAUAACAAGAUCAGUGAGAGAAUAUACAAAAGAUGGUCAAUUUUAUACAGAAAUUAUUGAUCCAUUCAUGCCAAGACCUAAACUUGUUGAUACAGUUGAAGAAUAUCAUGCACUCUUACAAACUGAAGUUAAAUGUAAAGAAGAUAUUAUUAAGAGUACUGCUGAAAUGGCAAAUAUACUUCAAACAAGAUAUUCAGAAGAGAAGAAUAUUCAAUUUACCACAACUAUUUAUGAUGUUGAAAGAAAUAGACCAACUGAAGAAGAAUUGAGAUUAUUAAGAGAAAAGGAAAGAGAAUUAGAAGAACAACGUAAGAAUAAGGACCUAGUUGAUCAUUUAAUACCUAAAGAUGGUGUUAAAAGUGUUCAACAAGCUGAAGAAAUUUAUUAUACAGUUAUGAAAGAUCUUAAAGAUCAACUCAUGAUGAGAAUUAAUAUUAUUGAAGAAAGAUUACAAAAAGAAAAACAAAAAUUGGCAAGAAGAAGAACCAUGUAUCAAAAAAGUCAAGAAGGAGUUGAUAGAAAUAGUGAAGAAUAUGUUCAAUUCUGUCAAGAUACUUUAUUCAAAAUUAAAAUUCUCAAACAAAGAGCAGAAGAUCACAAUGCAAGAGCUGCAAAGAAAUUUGCAGAAUUGAAAGAAAAAUUAUUGAAUCACAAACAAUUAGGAGGAUUCUUAAAACAUUUGAAAAAUAAGAAGAAUUAA